AUGGAAAAGGAUAGUUGCGUCGAGACAAGGCUAAUGAAGAAGAGGUAUAUGGAAGCAACCUGUGACCUAGACAGGUUCCAUGAGGACAUAGAAAUGUAUGGAGAAAAGAAUCUUCUAAAGCUGAUGAAGUUUAGCACUGGGGGGAUGAGAGGACUGAUGAGAAGCGGGUUUAAUGGGAUUAAUGAGGUCACAUGUAAUCUCAUUGGGACCGAGCUUUGUAGAAGGUUCUCCAGCAUUGUGAUAGGAUGCGAUGGAAGAUAUAACUCUUUGAACUAUGCAAUUCUUCUUAGGGAAAUAUUUAGACUUAAUGGGAAAGAAGCUGACCUGUACCCAAAGGUUGUGACGCCAUUUCUCGCCUUUCUUACAUGCAAACUUGGAGCAGAAGCCGGGAUAAUGGUUACAGCAUCGCACAAUCCCAAGGAAUACAAUGGAUUUAAGGUGUACACAUCGAAAGGAGGCCAAAUAGGCCCUCCAUUGGAUAGGGAAAUAGAGGAGUCCAUGAAAGCUCUCGAUCUUACACAGUUUGAUAGAGAGGGAAAGCACGGAGAUAUAUUCAGGCGAAUAAAGGAAGAAAACGAUGCACUGCGAGGAACACUGUCUUGCAGAAAGACAGAAAGUGUUGGCCUAGGGGACACAGAUGUUUCCAGGAGAAACGAGCUCAUAGACGCCUACAACAAAUGGAUGUUUGAGGGCUGGGAUGACAGAGUAAUCCAAAACAUCAGAAGUGUGAAUCUCUCGGUUCCUAUAGUUUUCACAGGCCUUUGUGGAGUUUCUGGAGAGUUUGUGAAGAGGGCCCUGGAAUUUUACAACCUUGACAGUAUUAUACAUUUUGUCGAUGAAGAAUGCUGUCCAAAUCCAAAUUUCCCGGGGCUCCCCUUCCCAAAUCCAGAGGUUGUUGAAACCCUUCUAAGGUCAAAAAGGUCGAACCUUGCAGACAUUUUAUUCUCUUGCGACCCAGACGGAGACAGGUUUGGGCUUUCAGAAAGAAUUGAUGGAGAGUGGAUUGACUAUAAUGGAAAUGAGAUAGCAGCCAUACUUAUGCACUUCUUUGUGGAAAACUUUUCUCCAUCGGACCUUGCAUUUGUAAAUACCUAUUUAUGUAACGGCCUCAUGGAAAAGGUUUGCUCUGUCCAUGGAAUUGAGUAUCUGAGGACGGAAACAGGAUUUAAGAAUGUUAGUCGGGCUGUCGAUUCUGUGAAGAAGAAGAAUGUGUUUGCCUACGAGGAUUCCCUCGGGUUUCUGUUUGGGAACGGCAAGGAGAAGGACGGAAUCAAAUGCGUAGUCCUUAUGGCAUAUAUAGUUCAGAAAGAGCUUCCAAGUAAGAUUCUAAAGAAGAUGGAAGCAUAUGGAAGGUUCAGCUCUGUGAAUAUUCAUGUGAGAUGCAGCGAUCCUGACAGAGUCCUUGAGAAGGUCCUCAGAAAGCUUUCAAAUGUAGAGACUGAAGGCAAGAGAAGUACAGUAAGAUUCGACGAUUACAAGGCAAUAUUAAGGGUGAGCGGGACUGAAUCGAUGGUGAAAAUUUAUGUAAGCUCCACAACACUCGACAAAAAAGACCUUGUUAAGUCGGCUGAUGAUUUUGCCAACAAGUAUGUUAGAAGUGAGAUAUCUCACAAUUGA